AGAGCGCCAGUCCGCCAGCCACUGGAAAGUUGUUUGUUGUUCGUGUUUUCUGAUAAAGUUUCUUUGAGUUUUUUUGUUAAAAUAAUUGAAAAUUUUCAUUGUUAACAUGUAAUCAAAGGUAAAUUUCAAGUUUCUACCCCUAUUUCGUUAAUAUAUUCAUGUCGACCAUCCAGUAACACCAGCAAUAAAAUGGAUCCAAGUUGUAUUCUAAUGUGUGCAAACAUCCCUGGAGGAAUUUCCGAAGAUGUUCUCGUUGAACUAUUUUGCAUAGCUGGUCCUGUAGAAGAUGUUUCGAUAUCCAGAUCAGGCCGAAGUUGUUUCAUCAUUUAUGAAUUCCCCGAAGCGGUUCCAACAGCCAAAGAGAUCUUCAAGGAUGUUAGAUUACGCGGCCGGCCUCUCGAAAUGUUCGAUCAAAACGAUAUCAAGCAAAUACACGAGAAACAGGAGCAGGAAAGUAUCGAGUUACAACAGCAAGAAGCAGCGUUUGCCGAGAUAGUCAAACAACACAAUCCGUUUUACAAUCCUGACUCUAUGACUCCAACUCACCACGCUCGAGGUCGACCUCAAAACUUCCCUCCUCCUGUUAACCUUUUCGAUCCUUCUCUCAUGCCAUUCCCUUUUCCAAAUCAUUUCAACCCACCUCCAAAUUUUAUUCCGCCUCCAAAUGUCUUCAACGUACCUCCACCGAAUCAAUCCUUCGGCGAUAAUUACGAUCCCAGUGUACCGAUUCGUAGAUGGGGUUCGGCUCCGGAGACCAAUCAGCAGUUUUCUCCUGCCGAAUUAGACACGUUCAAAAGCCCUUACAGUCAACCGGUAUCUCGUAAGAAUUACGAACAGAAUCGGCGAAAUAAUUACAACGAUAAUGCCUCGAACUCGAAUUCAAACCAGACACCGAAUCGUUCAAAUUGCUACUCGAGAAGACAUCCUGAAAACUCCGCUAGAAAUGAUAAUCAAAAUAACGAUCAGUCCCAAGACACCAACAACUCCGAAUACGGUUACGAAGAUCAAACCAGAAGACGAUUCCACGAAGGAUCUCAGAAAUCGUAUCGAGGUAACGAUCGUUACAAUCAUUCGAAACAUAACGCUGGUUCUACUAGUUCAGAUUACGCGGAUCGUAACAAGUCUCGCAGUUCUUACGAUCGACAGUCUCCUUAUUCUCGAAACGAUCAUAAACGAUACGAUCAACGUGAUUCUAGAAGGUCUAAUCAUUACGAAGAUCGAGGUUACCGGAAUCAUCGCAGAUAGUAUACCUACCGGCGAAUUUUAAGAGGUUACUUUGCGGAUUUUAUUUCGUUGAAAGUGAUUUAAUUUUAAAAGUUUUUUGAUUUUUUUAAUCAUUUGACAUGUUUUGUUCACCUCAGUUAAUUAUUGAUCGUGAAAAGCAAAUUGAAAUAAAAUUAUUUUCUUUCAUUUUGUUAAAACAAUUUCGUAUAUAAUUUACUUUGGCAAGGAUACAUUAUUCAUUAAUAACAAUCUUAUUUACCGUAACAUAUACAUAGAAAAUAAUAUUUAGACGUGCAUUCUACGUAAAAAAAAAGUUACCCUGCAUCGAUGAUUUGUAAUAUCACGUGAUAAUAAAUGAGUUUAUUUUCUUCCGGCCGAA